AUGCAGAAUAUAGAUGAGCCAAACGACGAUUCCGCGGAUUACCCAAUGGAAACGCCGCGAACAGAACCCGAUCGCUGCGUCAGCCCACCCACCGCGGGGGUGGCUCGAUCGGCACCGAGAGUCUGCGACCGCGACGUUCGAGGGCGCAAGGAACCCGUAGUGGAUCAAGCUUGGGCGGAUCCGGUUCUGCCCGAGUUCUUUCGGGAACUUGCCUCUCAGAUGGCACGGGGGGUAGUACAGGCGUGCCACAGGUCCAUCGGAUACGAGGACGGCAAGAACAUGAAGGAUUUCCUCGACCUAGCGGAGUUAGAUUUCACUGAAAGAGGGCUAGAAGAACGGCUGUGGGGAGAAGAACUCAAAAAAUAUCUGAGGGGAGACGCCUUGAGAUACUGGUUGUAUCUGCGUCGCACUGGAGAAUCCCUAACUGAUUGGGAGCAACUGAGACAGCGAUUCUGCGAGCACUUCUGUAGUAUAACUCUGGAACGGAUGAAAGUCAUGCUAGCUAAGAAUGUAUGGAGGGGCGACCACCACGCAUACUCUGCGUGCUUUGCGGACAUCGUGGCUCAAGGGGUGAUGGUGGCCCCAGAUCUGUUGGUGGGUUACUACCUGGCCAACCUGCCAGAUGAAAUACUCCGAGAGGUAACUCAAGGGGGAACAAGGAGAUUCGCAGACUGGCAGGAAGCCGCCGCAGCACUGGCUACCACGGUGGCACCAUGGAAGGAUUUGCGCGAAGACUGCCACCGAUUCCGGCGAGACUUAGAGGACGCCACGCGUAGAUGGGUUAAAGGCGGGCGAGAGCCGGGCCUACUACGCGAACGAGAGAACAGAGACGACAGAAGCAAUGAUACUACGGACUCACGCUGCUACGCGUGCAGCGGAAGGGGACAUGCGAGCAGGGACUGUCCGCUCCGUAACGGAGCGACGCGACGGAUCGGGGAAGUGUGCUCCCGGUGUGGAGGCCGGGAUCACUACGCUAGAGAUUGUCCUACGUCGGCUCGACCGGGAGCAGAGCCAAUCCGGCCGCCCAGACAGCAGCCAAUGCGGCCCAACAUCGACCCCCCUGAGACCCAUUCUGGGUCUCUUGCAGUUCUCGGGCCUGGGACUGACCCUCCCGAACCAUCGCACAGGACCCGGGGACCGCAUCCUGACUGCCGCGAACUGGCCGGCCUCCGCCGACGUGCCUCUCGGAAACGCACUCCUUCACCCCCGGUUCCACCCCCGUCCAUUACGCCCGACCCCGCCCCCGAAUCUCCCACGCCGACAGACCCAAGACCUACGCCCAGUCCUCCCGUCCUCGACUGGCCGGCAGCGUAUUCUAAGUGCCCGGUGUUCAGCGCGCCCUAUAACACUGCCUCUACCAAGCAGGGUGCAGUUGUUCAACUGGAGUUCCAACAUCGUCGUCACACCUUCCGUUUUGUCCUGCCCUAUUUACAUAUAUGCGUUAAUGGUCUCUGGCGUAUCUGCGUGCCGCAGUUUCCAGAGUUCCUCACUCACGUCCUGUACACGCACCAUGAUCACGUCACCGCCGGGCAUCGAGGCCAAAAGAAGACCUACAAGGCCCUCAGCAAGCGUUACUAUUGGCCUGGCAUGCGUACUUACACCAACGCGUGGAGCCAUGUUAGCCUAGGUUUCGUCACCGACUUACCCCUCACCACCUCUGGGCACGACGCUAUUCUGGUUGUCGUCGAUUCUCUCAGCAAGAUGGCACACUUUAUUCCGGCCAAGAAGUCCCACUCAGCCGCCGACACUGUAGAGCUC